AUUUCAAAAUGGAUUGUGAUUCAGAAUGGCAGAAGAUGAUGUCACUGAGACUUUCUAGUAUAUUAGAUGACAUUGGAGUGACAAAGACCAUGAUCAGAAAAAGGAGGAGGACUUGGAUGACUAUUGGGAAAAUGCAGACUUUUUAUAACUGCUUCAUGCAAGAGACUGAAGUAGAACUAUCCUAUGUAGGAAGUCAGGUUGAAGGAACAACAACUAUUGGGUUAAACUCAGACAUAGAUGGAAAUGUAAGGUUUAAUACGCAUGUUGUGAUUGAAAGUGUAAGUGAGUUUUGUCCAAGUAAGAAAAACCUUUUAAUGAUUAAAAAUGAGAACAUAGCCCCGCAACACUGCUUGUUACAACGGCUAAGAACAGACGUAGCUCUUCCUGUUGAGAAUGCAGUUACUACCGGUGACGUUAAAGAUGAACAAGUGGCGAGUUUAAAUCUGCUGCAAAACUUUUGGCGGUUUGUGAAGCACUCAAGGACGGGAAUACUAGUAUGUCGCAAUUUCGCUAUUGCAGGAAACCUCCGGUCAUUGAUUAUAGUGAAGAGAUUUCAGCAAAAGCAGUUCAUACUUCUAACUUGGAAUUCCUAA